UUCAGGUUUCUCGCGCGGCCGCCGUCUCCACUUUCCGUGGCUUGGAGGCAGCGUCUUCCCCUCGUGCUCCAGGCUGCACGCGGUUGAACGCUCCGGGAUUCUUGCGGAGCUGAGGACGCCCAGGACGGUGCCGGGGGUGCAGCUGGCGCCGCCCUCCCUACCAAUAGGCCGAUUCCCGUGGUAGCAUCCGGUAGGGAAAUGGUCGUGCUUUCGGUGCCCGCCGAAGUCACUGUGAUCCUGUUAGAUAUCGAAGGUACCACAACCCCGAUUGAUUUCGUGAAGGACAUUUUAUUUCCUUACAUCAAAGAAAAUGUUAAAGAGUAUUUGCAGACACAUUGGGAAGAAGAGGAGUGCCAGCAGGAUGUCACUCUUUUGAGGAAACAGGCUGAAGAGGACUCCCACCUGGAUGGGGCUGUUCCGAUCCCUGCUGCAUCUGAGAAUGGGGCAGAUGACCUGCAGCAGACGAUCCAGGCCGUGGUCGAUAACGUGUGCUGGCAGAUGUCUCUAGACCGAAAGACCACAGCCCUGAAACAGCUGCAGGGCCACAUGUGGAGGGCAGCGUUCACAGCGGGACGUGUGAAAGCGGAGUUCUUCGAAGAUGUAGUUCCAGCUGUCAGGAAGUGGAGAGAGGCUGGAAUGAAGGUAUAUAUUUAUUCUUCAGGGAGUGUAGAAGCACAGAAGCUGUUAUUUGGGCAUUCUACAGAGGGAGAUAUUCUUGAGCUUGUUGAUGGUCACUUUGAUACAAGGAUUGGACACAAAGUGGAGAGUGAGAGUUAUCGAAAGAUUGCAAACAGCAUUGGGUGCUCAACCAACAACAUCUUGUUUCUCACAGACGUUACUCUGGAGGCCAGUGCUGCUGAGGAAGCGGAUGUACACGUAGCUGUGGUGGUGAGACCUGGCAAUGCAGGACUAACAGACGAUGAAAAGACUUACUACAGCCUCAUCACGUCCUUCAGCGAACUGUACCUGCCUUCUUCGACCUAGAGGAUUUCUGAGGAAGACCAAACUGUCUUCACAGAGUUGUCCCUGUAGUCUAGUUUAUUCUAAUGGUAAAAGUAACUUACUUUAAGUAUACAUAUAAACACGUAUAUAUGCAAGUAUAUAUGCGUGUUCAAAUUACCUUCACAGGCACAGAAGUGGGGGAGGGGGGAAUCUCAGUUCAGUGAAAAGGAAACUAAUUUAAAGAUGCUUUAUAUGUAGAAAUGGUUUGAAACCACAACUCUCACUCUGAUUGGGGGCAAAAUGUAGUUGAUAGAAGAAAUUAUUACAAUACAGAUCUAAUGUAUUAUGUUUAUCAAGUUAUGGACCAAAAUGGAAAGGUAGGUUUGAGAAAUUAUUCAGAAGCCUUGGUCUUUUAAAAACUGGAAGAAUUUCAAAGACUUAUCCCUAAUAAUAAUUCAUCUCCCUUUUUAAUUAUGAGUUAGAAGAUUAUAGCAGCUGAAUUUCAAAAUAUUAGCUUUCUUACCUACAGAAGACAAAGUUAUUUAUUUCUGCUCCAAAAGAGACAAAAUUGGGGAAGGAAGCUUAUUUGAGUCCUAAUCAAUCAAACAUCUGUUACUUAAGAAACUUGCUAAUCAUUGUGGUGCCCUCAGCAAGCAGUUGCCUUAUCAAUGAAAAAGGUGCACUGCUGUAAAAGGUAAAAUAGAGACGUGGUUCUUAACAUUCUUGCCAAAACAGUUCUAACCCUGCCAGUUGUUAUCACUACAGAUUUUAUAGCUAGCUGCCUUUCUAACUCCUCCUUAGCACAGUUUGAGAAUAUGUUAAUGAUGUUUACUAUUUUUAAAAAGUUUACUGGAAUCAGUUUAUAAGACCUAAAAGAGCCCCACUAUGUACUAUUUUCCUUGAAAUGUAUGUGGGAAAUGUAAAUUUUAUAACAGCAUUAUUUAUCCUGGUUCAGUUCUAAUGGGAUAUCAUGUUAAUGUCAUGUUGUGAUUAAUAAAAUCAUUCUUUUUCGUCACUCAUUUUUAUGUAGGUCCCUGAACUACACCACAUACUGCCAUAAUAAAAAAAAGAAACUGUAGAGAUUUAGAAAAAUAAGAA